AUGGAGAUCAAUCAAACCUUACCCACCAACACACUCGCCAUCACAGACCCACCAGAGAACCCUUCUUUACAAACUCAACCGCCACAACAACAAGAGCAGCAACAGCUAGAACGGCGUCGUUACAUUGACAAGCAUUCCACAGUGAACGGCCGUCACAGGCGGGUCAGAAUACCCGUGACCUGUUGCCCCGGUAUUUUCCGGCUGACCCAAGAACUGGGUCACCGAUCCGACGGCGACACCAUCCAGUGGCUCCUCUCCCAGGUCCGACCCGAGCUCGUCCUCCCACCACAACCUAACAACAGGACCCGUCGGCUUCCACCCGACCCGGUUCCCCAACCCAAUUGCAGAUACCCGGGUGCAGCAGAAGAUGGGUUGGAUCACAAGGCAGUGGCUCGUCUUCCGAGCGUCACUGUGAGGGCUACUGUGGUUCAAGCAUCCACUGUGUUCUUCGACACUCCAGCGACUCUAGAUAAAGCAGAGAGACUUGUUGCUGGUGCAGCUGCAUAUGGAUCGCAAUUGGUUGUGUUUCCUGAAGCAUUUGUUGGUGGUUAUCCCCGUGGUUUGAUGUUUGAUUCUGCAACGGCAACUCUUUCGCCGGAGGAGAAGCAGGCCUUUGAGAAGUACUAUGCCUCAGCCAUUGAUGUGCCUGGUCCUGAAGUGGACAGGCUAGCAAAAAUUGCAAGUAAAUAUAAAGUUCACUUAGUAAUGGGAGUAGUGGAGAGAGUUGGAUUCUAUCUCUGUAGCACAGUGUUAUUUUUCGAUUCAUUUGGCCAGUGUCUUGGAAAACAUCCCAAGCUACUACCACUGGCGUCAGAAUCUCCAGUAUGGUGUUCUGGAGCAAAAUUGCCACUGUCUGUGUAUGACACUGAAAUUGGGAGAAUAGGUGGCCUUGUUUGUUGGGACAACAGAAUGCCAGAUCUAAGAACUCAAUUAUAUGGCAAAGCUGAAGCAAGGGAGAUUUGGCGCUCAUCCAUGACCCAUAUUGCCCUAGAAGGUGGCUGCUUUGUUCUAUCUGCAAACCAGUUCUGCAGACGAAAAGACUAUCCACUGCCACUGGAAUGUGUUUCUGGAGAUUCAAAUGAUGCGACAUCCUUGGAUAUCAUAUGUGCUGGUGGGAGUGUUAUUGUUUCCCCAUCAGGAACCAUAUUGGCUGGACCUAAUUACCAAGGAGAAUCCCUUAUCUCAGCUGAUCUAGAUCUUGUAGAGAUUGCUCGAGCAAAACUAGAAUUUGGCGGAGUUGGGCUUGGGCACAACGCAGGGCCAAAUGCUGUUGGUUGGAGGAGGACAAGCAUACCGAAUCCCGAUUUGUUUGCGGCAACCGUGAAAACAGAAGUUUCUGAUCAUGCAGAUGUGCUGUAUGCAUGA